AUGGUACAAGGUCAAGGAAAAUUCAAAGCGUCAAAUACAAGCUCCAGAAAAUCUAAUAAAAAAACUAAUGUGCUUAGACUGAAGAAAGGAGCAAGAGCGAUAGCACCAAAAAGACAAUCAGUAAUAAAACAAAAAGCUAUACAAAAAAAAUUAACUUCGGCUAUAAAUAGAGAUAUCGAACAAGUUAUAGCAUCAAAAGCAGAAUCUGUUGGCGGGAAAAAAUUUAAUUUAAUCAAGAGAGAAGCCAAGAAGGAUAAGAAAGCAAAAAUGUUAUGA